AUGAUAAUUACAACAUGGAUUGUGUACAUUCUCACCCGGAAAGGUGUAGGGUUCCCCUUCCCACCAAAAACCAGUUCGAACGUUGAAGUUGUGGAAAGUGAAGCCGUGUCUGUAGUACAGCACUGGUUGAAAAAAACUGAAGAAGAGGCUUCCCAGAACAUAAAGGAGAAGAUGACCAGCCCUCUCAUCCAAGGCCAGGAUGUACAUGUGACCAGAGACAUGGCGAAGCACCGUCUCUCCAAGUCUGAUUUGCUAGUAAGCCCGAGUCAGGAGGUCCUGGAGGAAAGGACAAGAAUCCAGUUCAUAAGAUGGAGCCAUACCCGUAUCUUUCAAGUGCCAAGUGAGGUGAGAGACGAUGUUAUGCGCGAUAGAAUAGAGCAGGUGAGACGAAGCUUAUGCCAUCUUAGCAAUGCAUCAUCUCAGGAGCUUCAUGACAGAAAUUCCUACUCAGACUGCUGA